GGCAUGUUUCAUUUUUCCUGCCGCCAUGUGUGAACUUGCGUUUGAUUACCAGCGGAUAUCUGGCCAGAAUAUCUGGUACUGUAUAAAUACCCGGACGUCCUGACCGCGAAGACUUCUCACUGACAGCGCGCGUUGACAUGUUUCCCAAAGCGUUCAUCCGAGCCGGCAUUGCGCUAUUAGCUGGCGCAUCCAUAACUUGCGCCGUCGCUGUUGUGGAUGAUGAUCUCGACACUUCAGAAGCAGGGCACAUCGGUAUUCAAUCCGAGGUUCACGAUGGAACUGGCAUUCACUAUGUUAAGAACUCAGGGAUAUGCGAAACAACUCCAGGUGUCACACAAAUUUCUGGUUACAUUGACGUUGGAACAAACAUGUCCAUGUGGUUCUGGUUCUUUGAGUCUAGAAAAUCCCCUAAAACAGCCCCAUUUACCCUAUGGUUGAAUGGCGGCCCUGGAUGUUCUUCUAUGAACGGAUUGUUCCAAGAAAACGGGCCAUGCUCAGUGAAUGCUGAUCUUAAUUCGACCACUCUUAAUCCCUACAGCUGGAAUAAUCUCAGCAACAUGAUCUACAUCGACCAGCCAAUCGGGACCGGAUUCUCCUAUGGUACCGAUCCGGUAUAUACCACGGAAGAGGCUGCACCAUUUGUAUGGACUGCAUUCCAGGUUUUGUUUGAGAGCCAGCUGUUCUCGAAGUAUGCCAGCCGAGAAUUCAUCUUUGCCACAGAAAGCUAUGGUGGUCACUAUGCACCCAGUUUUGUGACCUACUUUGAAGAGAAAAAUGCCUUGAUCGCUAGCGGGGCGAUCCAUGCCGUUCCAAUCGCUGUUAGCGCUCUAAUGAUUAACAACGGCUGGAUCGAUCCGCACAUUCAGAGCAUUGCAUUCCUAACCUUUGCGACCUAUGCCCCUGGCUAUGGACAACUCCAGCCGAAUGAUGUACUCAAGAAUAUGUCGGAUGCCCUCAACAGCUCCGAUGGUUGCUUAGCGCAAGAGAAAGCCUGUUACGCUGCUGGAAAUUCUACCAGCUCAAACAAGAUUUGCGCAGAUGCCGAUCAAUACUGCAUUGGUAAUCUCUUGAUCCCUGCUGUGGGCGAUUACGACGCCUAUGAUUUGCGACAAAAUUCAUUUGCUCUGUUCCCCCAUGAAUACUACGUGGAUUAUUUGCGAGAGAAGGAUGUCAUGAAGAAGAUCGGUACUCAGGUCCAGUACGAGGAAUGCCUAGAUGCACCCAGGGGUCUGUUUAGACAGACAGGCGACAGCGCUAGGACGUGGCUGCCCCAGCUAUCGACAUUGGCGAACUCUGGGAUGAAGAUUUUGAUCUGGGCUGGAGAUACUGAUAUAAUUUGUAAUUGGCUUGGGGUCCAUGCCUCAGUCCUAGCAAUGGAUUGGCAAGGCAAUCAAACGCUCCAUAAUACUCCAUUUACCAAUAUGACGAUUAAUGGCAAGCCAGUGGCCGCUGUGCAGAAUGUCGACAACUUCUCCUUCGCACGUGUAUAUGAAUCUGGACACCAAGUGCCUGCUUUCCAGCCUAAAACGGCUUUGGAGAUUUUCUCGCAGGUUAUUCGGAAGGAACAGCUUCACUCCGUGUAAAGAAUGGAUUCAGGUAGCACACAUCGUGGCGGGGUGCGUUGACCCGGUUGUGUGCGCAUUGUAAUCGCUUUCUGCUUGAGUCCUGCACUUCGACCUUCACCAGCUGCCGACCGUCAUCCUCAAGUCCCUCUGCACCUCGAUACAAUUUCCCUGAGCACUACCUACAGAAGGGACGAUUGUCUAGGGAAGACUAGGAUUGUGCAGCCCUGCUUUAUGUACUCUGAUACAUCUGGGCUGGCUAGUAAGCAGGUACUUGCGAUUGUACGCGCGUGUCACGUAAGUAGCGCACGAGUGCUCCUCGUCUAGCAUAGCCCAGGCGCGCAAUUA